AUGGAUACACACGAGGUGCCUUCCUCAGCUACCUUAGCAGGAAACCAGGGGCUGAGUCUGGUUCUGCUGGGGUCGAAGGGUUCUGGGAAGAGUGCCAGCGGGAACACCAUCCUGGGACAGGAUACGUUCCGAUCAAUGCUCAACUCCAAUGCUACCACCAUACGGUGCGAAGAGCAAUUACAGAACAUCUACGGGACAGAAGUGAAAGUCAUAGACACUCCAGAUUUCUUUGAUGAAGAUCUGCAGGACAAAGAUCAUGCGUUAGACUGCAGUCGUCUGUGUGAUGGGUUGUGUGUUUACCUAUUAGUCAUCCAGAUUGGUCGCUUCACUGAGGGAGAGAGAGACAUCUUAGAGAGGCUGGAGAAAGCACUGCCAAUUAUCAGGGACAAAACCAUCAUCCUCUUCACGUAUGGGGAUGAUUUGGGAUCCCAGAACAUUGAUGAGUAUAUCAGAAAGACCAACAAGAACCUCCAGGAGCUUGUUAGACAGUGUGGGAACAGGUAUCAGGUGUUUAACAACAGGGAUAAGAAAGAAAAAAAGCAGCAGGCAGACGAGCUCAUGAGAAAGAUAGCUGAACUGGUGAACACACCUGACAGUGUGCAGGUAUUUCCAGAUUUGAAUGCAGAGAAAAAAUCAGGGAUAUGGUCUUCAUUCGGGUUCUAG